AAUCAAAGAGCCGGUCCGUCUGAAAAAGAUGUGUCCUUGCCCAGAUCUGGCCGGACCUCCCCCCUCCGAUGCCUCGCACCGAGCCAUGGUACUCGUGCCCGCUCGCCUCGCAGGGCUCGCUUUCCUCCCAAAACCACGUGCGCCUCUAGACCCCACCCCUCUCUUGUUUUAACCGCCGGCGCACCGUACCAUGCCCUUCCCUUCUCCGUCAGGUCUCUGCUGCCCUAACGACCUUCUCCUCCCCUCUAAAACCCCAAAAUUUUCAGCCCAACUAUUUUUUAAUAUUGUUUAGAAUAAGAUGAUGGGUCCGGAGACCCACCUUGGGUUCGGAUCGCCGCCACGGGAGAAGAUGGAGAGCCUUGUCCUCUCCGACGUCGCCUCCGACUACCGCAGUGCCAUGUCGUCUUCCCUCUCUGCCGUCGUCGACGGCUGCGAUCCCCUCCUCUCUCUCCCUUCCCCCCUCUCCACCUCCGCCGCCGCCUCCUCCUCCUCCUCCUUCGUCGAUCCCCCCUCCUACGCUGACGUCGUCUUCAGCCCCCUCGACAGCCAGAACGGCGCCGCCCCCGACCGCCCUUCUCUCCGCCGCGACUCCUCUUCACCCAGAUCCGACCGCGCCGCCGCCUCCGAGUACGCUAAGAUCACCGUCUCGGAUCCGCAGAAGGAGCAGGACGCCGUCAACUCGCUCGUUCCCGGGGGUGGCACCUAUGUGACCUACCUCAUCACCUCGAGGACUCGCGCCGGCGGUGCGGAGUUCCGCGUCCGGCGGCGGUUCCGCGACGUGGUGACCCUCGCCGACCGUCUCGCCGAGGCCUACCGGGGUUACUUCAUCCAGCCGCGGCCCGACAAGAACGUGGUGGAGAGCCAGGUGAUGCAGAAGCACGAGUUCGUCGAGCAGCGCCGAUCCGCUAUUGAGAAGUACCUGUGGAGGUUGUCUGUGCACCCGGUGAUCGGGAAGAGCGAGGAGCUUCGGGCCUUCCUGCAGGCCCAGGGGAAGCUGCCGCUGCCCACAAGCACGGACGUGGCCUCGAGGAUGCUGGACGGGGCAGUGAGGCUGCCGAAGCAGCUGUUCGGGGAGGGACCGGCGGGGUACGUCACACCGCAGGACGCGGUGCAGCCAGCGAAGGGGGGAAGGGACCUGCUGAGGAUAUUCAAGGAGCUCAAGCAGUCAGUGGCUAAUGAUUGGGGAGUGGCGAAGCCUCCGGUGGUCGAGGAGGACAAGGAGUUCUUGGAGAGGAAAGAGAAGAUGCAGGAUCUAGAGCAGCAGCUCAGCAUGGCCUCUCAGCAGGCUGAAGUGCUUGUUAAAGCUCAACAAGAUAUCGGGGAAACAAUGGGACAGUUGGGAUUGGCAUUCAUCAAAUUGACUAAGUUUGAGACUGAGGAAGCCAUAUAUAAUUCUCAGAGAGUACGAGCUACUGAUGCCAAAUGUCUAGCAACUGCUGCUGUAAAAGCAAGUAGAUUAUAUCGAGAAUUAAAUGCUCAAACAGUGAAACAUCUGGACACUCUGCAUGAAUAUCUAGGUCUGAUGCUAGCAGUUCAAGGUGCAUUCUCUGAUCGGGCCAGUGCAUUAUUGACUGUACAAACACUAAUGUCAGAUUUGACUUCGUUGCACACAAGGAUUGAUAAACUUGAAGCUGCAUCCUCGAAGAUAUUUGGUGGUGACAGAUCAAGAAUGCGAAAAGUGGAGGAGCUGAAAGAAACAAUAAGAGUUACUGAAGAUGCUAAAUGCUGUGCAUUAAGAGAGUACGAAAGGAUCAAGGAAAAUAACCGGAGUGAACUCGAGAGAUUAGACAGAGAAAGGCAUGAUGAUUUUCUAAGUAUGCUGAAGGGUUUUGUAAUAAAUCAGGCCGGUUAUGCAGAGAAGAUUGCAAAUGUUUGGGCAGCGGUGGCAGAAGAAACAAGUGCAUAUGCUAGACAGUGAUAAGACUUUUUUUGAUGGAAAGCCAGUGAUAAGACUUCAAAAGUAAAUUGAGGUGUUUUUCUUGCCUGCCCUCCACCCACACGUGCAUGUACACUAUCAAGUAGGAAAUAGAACCAACCACUUCAUAAUAAAAAGAUUUUGUUGGAGUUAUUUUAUUUUAUUUUAUUCUAUUACUUUUGGUGUAUGGCUCCUUAUCUUUUGGUUUUAAGUGGGACCCUUGAUCUUGUUGGUCUCUGCGGGUUGCUGUUACAAGAAAUGAUUGUGACAUACAAACUUUAACAAUUGAAAGGAGUUAUUGUCUCUUACCCAAAAA